AUGACGCCGCCUCUCUGCCUCACCAUUCGCUUCUCCAACUCCCUCCCCGACCUCAACCUUGACAUCCCGUCCCCCGAAUCAACCACCAUCCUCGGCCUCAAACGCCUCCUCCGCUCCAAAAUCGACUCCCGCAACCGCCUCCGCCUCAUCUACCAGGGCCGCCUCCUCGCCGACUCCUCCGCCCUCUCCUCCGUGCUCAAACCGCCCCUCCAGCCACCUCCCACCCCCAGCCAGGACCACCAUGAUCCCAAGGGCAAAGGCAAGGCCAAGGCCGACGACGAUGCCCUCUCCCCCCCUCUGCGCAUCUACGUCAUCUGCUCCGUCGCCGACGACGAGCUCUCCCAGCCCGAGCUAGACGCCGAAGCCGCCGCCGCCGACCUGCCCCCCGCCCUAGACCAGGACGGUCUGUCGGGCAGCGUCCAGCAGAAGCCAUCCACCCGCCCCCGUCCCCGCGGCUUCGACCGCCUCCUCACCUCGGGCUUCACCUCGUCCGAGAUCUCCACCCUCCGCACGCAGUUCGCCUCCAUCCACGCGGACCGCUACCCCCCGGACGCGCCGCCCUCGCCCGACACCCUCCGCGGGCUCGAGGACUCGUGGAUCGACUCCAACGCCUUCGGCCAGGGCCUGGCCACCACCGCGGGCGGGGGGGAGGACGCCUCCGGGCUGGGCCAGGGGAUGGACGACAUCUUCAUCCGCGCCAUGAUGAUCGGCUUCUUCUGGCCUCUCGGCAGCCUGACCUGGCUCCUGCGGCAGGAGGGGCUCUGGAACGACAAGUGGCAGAUCUUUGUCGCCGCCGGCGCAGUGCUGAGCCUGCUCGUCGGCACCAUCGUGAGCAUAUCCGGGGGUCGGCCGUGA